AUGCCUCCACCUAGAAAAAGAAGUGCAGUGUGGUCACAUUUUACGGAAUGUGAAAAUAAAAAAGCAAAAUGUGUGUACUGUGCCCAGAUUUUAACCAUGCCGAGUGGCAAUGUUUGUAAUUUAGGCAGACAUUUGAAAAAUAAGCAUCCUACCGUACCUCUGGUUGUAGAAAGGCAGCCUGUACCAAGUGCUGAAAAUGAAGUUCCUGGGUGUAGUGGAAUGUCUGCGCCGCCGCUGCCGCAGCCUGGUUGUAGCUCAUCAUCACUUCCACCGUGCUUAGAAAUACAAACCACGUCAACACCCACAAUAGUGUCAGCAGUGCAGCCUCGGGUUGCUUCGAUAACGGACUUUAUUCAGUCUAAUAAACCUAUACCUGCAAGACGCGCUGAAAUCUUGGACGAGCAACUAAUUACAAUGAUUGCGCGCGAAUACCAUCCCUUAAAAUUAGUUGAAGACGUAGAAUUCAAAAAGUUUGUGGGUAUGCUGUGUCCCGGCUAUACUUUGCCAACGCGAAAAACAUUAAGUGAGAGCUUGCUGCCAAAAUUAUAUGAAAAAGUGUUAGAGGCAACCAAAAAAAAAAUCGAAAAAGCAGAGGCUGUAUGUUUGGCCACUGAUGGAUGGACAUCGAUAAAUAAUGACAGCUUUAUAGCAGUUAUGGCUCACUUUCUGUCAGAUCAACAAAGAACUUUAAAAAUGGAGUCUGUACUUUUAGGCUGUAUUGAAUAUAAUGCACGGCACACUAGUUCCAACCUCUGUCAAUUUCUAAAAAACAUGGCUGUAGAGUGGGAUAUUCAGAACAAAAUUACGGCUGUUGCCACAGACAACGCCGCAAAUAUAACGGCAGCAGUAAGGGAAGGAGAGUGGCGGCAAAUACACUGCUUUGCACACACUGUAAAUCUGUGUGUGCAAGCUGCUAUUAAGCAAAUUGCACCGACUAUAGCUAAAGCAAAAGCUGUUGUAGAAUAUUUUAAAAGGAGCUCCCACGCCCAAGCGAAGUUGAGGGAAAUGCAAAAGCAAUUAGAAUUGCCCCCUUUAAAGUUGAAGCAAGACGUCUCCACCCGCUGGAAUUCUACUUUCGAUAUGAUUUCCCGCUUAACCGAGAUAAAAACAGCAGUAAUAACAACCCUCGCUUUGUUAUCACCACAGCAUGCGCUUGACGAGAAUGAUUGGAGUUUAAUGGAGCAUGCCAUCCCCAUUCUCAAAGUGUUUGCCGACAUAACAACAGAGAUUAGCGCGGAAAAAAACGUGACAUUAUCUAAAGUUAUACCUCUCUGCAAACUAAUCUCUAUUAACUCAAAGGCAAACCUAAGAGAACCCUCACCAAUCAUGGAAAUUCGAGAGUUGGUGAUUAAACUAGACCAAGAGCUCGACAGAAGACUUGCUCAUGUAGAGUCCCAUCCUCUCUACACAGAGGCGACCAUAUUGGACCCACGUUUCAAAAAAAAGUCUUUUAGAAAUGAGCAGUGUUUUGAAAGGGCCCUAGUCGCUCUGAAGCAGAAAGUCGGCAACGCAACAGUGGCUCCACCGGAGGUUCAAGUUCCGGAAGAACAACAACCGUCGACUUGUAGCUCAAUCUGGGAUGAGUUCGACAAGGAAGUAGCUCAGCUUAGACCGGCAAACACGACUGCAGCCGGCAUUGUCGAAGUCGACAAGUACUUGGCUGAGCCGAUUCUCCACCGUACGAAGGACCCCUUUCUGUGGUGGAGUGAAAGACGACAUGUAUACCCACUCCUGUACAAAUACAUACAAAGACGUUUGCACCUAGUUGCCACAUCAGUUCCAUGUGAACGAAUUUUUUCAAAAGCGGGUUAUACAAUGAACGAUCGUCGAACCCAAUUAAAAUCAAAAAAAUUGUCGCAGUUGCUCUUCAUAAGCACUAACAAGUAG